AUGUCUCAUAUCUUCCACUCAACAACCAGGGUACGCAUCCCAACCGAUCUCAGUGUGACGGAAGCAACGCUGCUAGACCACUCAAUACUCAUCCCUCCGACAAAAGUCAUAUUCGAGGAUGCCAUCACCGGGAGAACAAUGUCUCAUGGCAAAUUUGUUGCCCAGGUCAAGAAUGCAGCAACCUGGCUGCAACAACAUGUCAAACUACAGCCUGGGCAGACUGUAAGUAUCAUAUCAUCUAGCUGUAUCGAUUAUAUCAUCGCCGUACACUCCGUAUGGUGGGCUGGCGGUAUCGUGUCUUUGAUAAACGAUGCUCUAUCACCAACCGAGAUCGCAUACGGCAUCAAGCUUGUCAAACCACACUAUAUUCUUGUCGGCAGCUCAGCAUCUACAAAGCUUUCCCAAGGCCUCGAGCUGAGCGGAACAGCGAGCUCAACCAUCCAAGUCAUUCCCUUGAAAGAAUUGCAUUCGGAAUUGUCCAGUUGGCUGAAAAUGAAAGAGAUCCAAGGAAAUUUUCAACAAAUCGAAGCCUGCUCCUUUGCAAAUGGCGACAAUCGACAAGUUCCAGCUGCAAUCAUUCUGUCCAGUGGAACAACAGGCCAUCCCAAGGCCGUUGUUCUCUCUCACCAUAAUCUCAUCGCAGUAAACUACCAGCUCAGAGCGGACAAUCCUGACAACUGGAAUAGUGAAAUGCGCGAGGUCUUCUUUCCACCUCUAUCCCACGUCUAUGCACUAUACGUAGCUAUCACUGGAGCACCUUGGCUAGGCUACUAUGUCUGUCUGAUGCCACGCUUUGAUUUGGAAACAUUUUGUCGUCUUCUGUCCGAGCGACAGGCGACCUUGGCCAGACUGGUUCCUCCUGUUGCCAAACUCCUCGCUGAAAGCCCAGUGACCCGCCGGUAUAAGUACCCAGCUUUGAAGUAUUUUACCUGCUCUGCUGCACCUUUGAGUGAGAAAUCUGCGGCCGAACUGAGAAUGGUAUUUCCAAACGUGAAGCUGUGUCAGACGUACGGAUGUACUGAAGCAUCCGGUGCAUGCGUGCAAUCCGGUACACGCGAUACAGACAUGCCACUGAACGCAACUGGAAAACUCAUCGCCAACGCGCAAGUCAGAUUUAUUGAUUCCGCCGGUAGCGAUGUAGGCCAGGGGGAAGAGGGCGAGAUCACAUUGCGUGGCCCGCAUAUCAUGAUGGGCUACCUGGGUGAUUUGAAAGCCACCAGACAGCAUAUGCUCGAUGGCGGCUGGUAUAAGACGGGGGACAUAGGGUAUAUGGAUACACAAGGCUUUCUCUUCGUCAGCGGUCGUAUAAAAGACAUUAUCAAGUCUAACGGGUUUCAGGUUUCGCCCUUGGAGCUCGAGGAGAUCCUCGCCCGCCACCCGCUUGUCAAGGAGGCGGCUGUGCAUGGCGUCUGGAGCGAGCAAGCUGCAACUGAUCUCCUACGUGCUUACGUUGUACCAGAGGGACCACUGGCAGAGAUUGGACAUGAGGCUGGAGAGGUCGCGCGAUCUAUAGUCGACUUUGUGGCUGGUCAGGUUGCUGGCUAUAAAAGUCUGAAGGGAGGGGUCGUUUUCGUCGAUUUUUUGCCUAAGAGCCCGACUGGGAAGCUGUUGAGACGGCUUCUCAAAGAUAUGGAGAGUAAUGGUUCUGCUUGUUUGCAGGCAAAACUAUAG